CUGAGACCGAUUUUAGACACUUCCAAUCCUUAGCAUACACCAUGAAAGCAUCCACACUCUUCCUCUUCCUUCUCGCGUUCAGUCCGGCAAUUGCCAACGCCGGGUUCCAAAAACGCUGGCUCAACGGCGUGAACGGCACCAACCCGGCCCCCGACACUACCAGUGAUUGUACCUACUGGGCGAAUAACAUCACCGCGGAGGAUACCUGCUCUGAGCUAGAGUCGUACUUUGACAUUACCUUUACGCAGCUGAAAGCAUGGAACCCAUCCCUAUUACAGUCUUAUUGUGCCCUUGUCGAGGGCUUUAGUUACUGCGUUGAGGGUCCGGAUGUACCCGCCAAUGCGAGUACGGCCACCUCGGUGGAUGCAGCCAAUGCGACCAGUGCACCGCACUCCAGCUUUACUGAUGAUGAUGGUGGCGCGAAUAGCACGAAUGAUACUGCCACUUCGACUGCAACAUCAACUGUAACAUCGACUGCAACAUCAUCGGGUGUUCAAUCUUCUUCUGUCGCGUCUGUCAGUGCUUCGGCAUCAUCGCAUUUGUUCGUGUUGUCGGGAUUUACUUCGUCCUUUGUUCUUCUGUCGGCUUUGGUAUGGGGGUUUUUACUUCUAGGAUGAGUCGGGAGGAAUUUGUUCUUGGG